AAAAAAAAUUAUAAUUAAAAAUAGCAAUGCCAUAUGAACAUCAAAAGAUGCAUGCAAUAAUAUUUCCUAAGAAGAGAAACUUUCACUCAAUCUAAUAACGCCAAAAUGGGGAAAGCUAGUGGGGCUUUCUUGCCGUUAGAAUCUCUCCCUGUUUCUUCGUGCGGAGAAAAUGGAGAGAAGGAAAUUAAACGUGACAACUGACAUGCAAAGAUCUCUUGCAUUAUUUGUUAAUCCAGAAACCCAGAGAGUGCAUUCUGAGAAAAGUUGGAAACCCCCAAGUUUUUAGAGUUUGAUUUUUGGGUAGGAAAGAGAGUAGAUACUUAAUGCACAGAAGAAGGAAGGAAUGAGGAAGAAAGAGUAGAAGCCUGGGUGCCUGGGUUAGGCUUCCACUAGAUUCCUUUUCUUUCAAUGGUGUUUUUCCCAAAUCCAAUGCCUUUCUUGAUGAGUUAAUUGUGGGUUACUUUUGAGCAUUCAUUGAAGGAGUUAUUUGACAGAGAGUUGACAAUAAUAAGUGUAUGUUUUUCUUUCCCAAAAUCCUUUGGAAAACCAUUGUUUUCUACUCAAUUGGUUUGAAGAAUGGGAGACCAUUUUGUGUUACUGGUAGACCGGUUGCUGACUGAAUCCAGCCUUGAAGCUGCUAUCCAGUGUAAAAACUCGUUGCAGCAUCCCUCGUUGUCCCCCGGUGAAGAUAUGAGUACUGAUUUUAAUUCCCAUAGGAUGGACAUUAAUGUAGGAUCAUCAUCACCGGCAGAAUUGGUACAGUGUAGGAUUUGCCACGACGAAGAUGAAGAUUGUAGAAUGGACAUACCCUGCUCUUGCCGUGGAAGCCUAAAGUAUGCCCACUAUGAAUGUGUUCAGAAGUGGUGUAAUGAGAAGGGUGACAAUGUAUGUGAAAUUUGUUGCCAGCCAUACAAGCCGAGUUAUACAGUGCCACCAACUUUGUUGCAUUGCGGUGGGAUCCCAAUGAACUUGAGGGGUUUCAGAGGACAUUGGGAGAUUUCCAGGGAAGGCCUUAACAAUCCUGAAUUCAUAGCAAUGUUUUCUGCAAACCGCAAUUCUAUGGACCCAGAUUUUGAUGAGUACUCAGACCAUGCUCCCAGAAGCUUGAUAUACUGUCGAUUAGUUGCCAUAACUUUUACAAUGCUUCUGAUGUUUCGUCAUACUCUUCCGAUCAUCAUUACUGUCGUGGGAGAUCACUCCGUCGCAUUGCUUGAUUUACUGAUGCUGAGUAUUGGAAUUGUGACGCCAAUAUACAUCGCGGUGAAGGCUUUUCAGGCAAUUAGGCAUAGACUACGUCAACGUCAGGAUGCUCGUGACACCGACACUACAACGACAGAUGAAAGAAAUGAACAACAGCAUCCGCCACACCUCGUACAUGUUCAUUGACAACUGCAACCACAAACAAGACACUUGACCAUUGAGCCAUGACUUAAUUGACUUAUUAACCUUCUUUGGUUCUUGUUUCAUGUAAGAAAUUGUAUAGCUAGAAAUCAUCUCAUUGUAUUAAGAAUUCAUGCCCCUCAUAAUCCUCGGAUUGUUUGCUAGCUGUUUGAUCUUCAAUGUUUCAGAAAGAGCCAAGAGGGCUUGACCCUACUUUACGAUGGAAUGAUCUUUUUCCUCUCUUUUGAUACAUAAAAGUUUAGGUGAAAGCAAAUCAAAGCAAAGUAACAAGACAUGUAUUUUAAGGAAAUGCAUAUACUGGUAGAUUG